AUGCAGUCCAGCACUGAAUACUCAGCAGACGCCAACCGAGCCAUUGACGGAAACAAAGACGCGGAUGCCAGACAUAAUUCUUGUUCUCAAACAAAAGAGUCCAGUUUCCCCUGGUGGGUAUUGGAUCUUGAGGGAACCUGUACCGUAGAAACAGUCAUAAUCACCGUAAGAAAAGACUGCUGUACCGAACGGUUGUUAGGUGCUGAGGUCUACAUAGCAAGCUCGAUGGAAAGUGAAAACAAUCAUAAUAGCCUCUGUGGCACCGUCUAUUCAAUUACUGGACGGACGUCGACCUUCCACUGCGCUCUUACUCCAGUUCGAUAUGUAUAUAUCACCAUUCCAGGACAUCGGAGAGUACUCAGCCUGUGUGAGGUUGAGGUCUUUGGUUCACGAGUCCCUUCAUCAUCGAUUCCAGCAAUAAAUGUCGCGAUCAAGGGAACCGCGGUUCAAUCCAGUGUGGAAUACAACGGAAUCGCAUCCCGAGCUAUUGACGGGAACAGAAACGCAGCCGACGGCUCUUGUACGCAAACAACGCCAAGCACCGACCCUUGGUGGAGACUCGAUUUAAAGCAAACCUACGCCGUGUCGAUGGUGAAAAUCAUCAACAGAUUGGACUGCUGCUCGGAUCGGAUCAAAGGAGCCAGAAUCCUCAUCGGGGACUCACUGGAGAACAAUGGCAAUUCCAACCAUCUAUGUGCCACCGUUCUAACAGUAAAGCAAGGAUACCACUACAUUUGUGAAGGAUGUAUCGGUCGAUAUGUGAACAUCAUGGUCCCGGGACCUAACAGAGUUCUCAGUCUGUGCGAGGUUGAGGUAUUUGGGACGAGGCUUCUGACGGUAGAAGGCACAGGUAGGCUCAAACCCGCACUCAAGCCCUCGCUGUACCUACCAGAACGGCUUUGCUCAGGAAGUGCUGGCUGA